AUGGCUAUGGGGUUGAUUAAUGCUAAUCCUAUAAUCCAUGAGAAAAAAGAAAGGCGCGUCCGACCGGCACCAGAGACCACAGAUGAAAAUGCGGCAGAGCCCAUAGACCAGCUGGAAAUAUUUGAUAUCCUUCUUAAUGAUUUCCCUUAUAUAAAUGUAGCGAAGCUUGUUUUUCUAUUUAUCUGUGAGCUCUCUGUCCUAGCUAUUUGGUUGUGGUCCUUAAUGUUCUUACAUCACAUUAGAGAUAUAAAGGAUCCAGAGCACCCAUACUCACUGGAACAGCUGAAUGUGGUAACUGAAGACUCAAUUGAACUCAAUGAUGAAAGUAAUCAUGUCAGGGUUACGUUCACCCCAACAGUGGAGCACUGCAGUAUGGCAACUAUUAUUGGCCUUUGCAUACGUGUGAAACUUGUACGGAGUCUCCCUCCUCGUUACAAGGUGGACAUAAGGGUUGCCCCUGGAUCGCACGCAACUGAAGCUGCUGUGAAUAAGCAACUGAACGACAAAGAACGUGUUGCGGCUGCAUUGGAAAACUCAAAUCUACUGGACAUGGUGGAAGAGUUGCAGCAGCGCCCACCGAAUGAGCAUGACAUGCUUGCAGUAGCAGGCCAACGGAAAGACGGAACCAUGUGCAUCCCUGGCUACAGCAUACAGGCACACAUUGCACCAGCCCAACCUCGUGUCAUCGUGGCAAACUUUUCUGCAGUGCGCCACUGCCCCGUACGCUUACGGCAAAACGGCUGGCUCUGGCUGCCUCACAAGUAUCGCAUCGGCAUCGCAGUCGCAUGGCGUGCCCGCAGGUCGCGGGCGUGGCGUGCAGUGUGCACCCGAGUGAGCCUGGACCUGGACGGCGCACACCAGCAGCAGCAGGCACCAGGCAGGCUGUGUCGUGUAUACAGCCCAGCAGGCGCGGAGGAGAAAAUCUUAGGAACCCAAACAGCCGACGGAAUCUCACCUGCUCCCCAGCCCAGGCCUUCGCUCUCGGCUCUCGCUGCCCUGAGCCCUCCGCGUCCCCCGCCCGCGCCGCCCCGGAUGCCGGCGUGGGCCGAAGCGGCGCUCGUGCUCGCCUCGCCAUCCCCCGCCUCCUCGACCACUUCGUCAUGUGGCGUCAGGCCGCGCGCCGCCUUGCAGUCCGGCAGGCUCUUCUGCAAGGGGUUCCCUUGUACCAUUCAUUCCAAAGCUGGAUUCCAGAUUCAUAAUUACCGUACAAGGACAUUCAAGAUUAAAGCAAAAGCAGAAUCUAGUGAUGGCUACACACAGCUUGCUCCACUUAGAUUUGAAUCUCCAAGCGGUCAACUUCUGGUUCAAAUACUACAAUCACACCCUCACCUUAUCCCUGCAACAGUUGAUCAGCAACUUGAAAAUCUUCAAUCAGAGAAAGCUGCCCAAAGCGAAGAAGCCUCAAAAGUUCCCCAGGACCUCCUCUACAAGAGAAUUACGGAAGUCAAAGAGAAGGAAAGGCAGAAUGCCUUAGAAGAGAUUAUCUACUGUUGGAUUAUAUAUAGGUUCAUGGAUAAUGACAUAUCUAUGACAUCUGCAUUAUCACCAGGGGGUGGCCCUGUACGUGACAUAUCUGCGUUGCCUAAUCAAGAGGAUAAAUUGCAAAGCAUACACUCCACAGAUGCUUUUGAGAUGAUACAAAACCAUCUCAAUCUUAUCAUGGGAGAAAAGAUAGCAGCAGCACCGGAUACUGUUGUUGAAAUCAGCAACUUUAAUCUUGGAAAGCUGUAUGCAGCAUCCAUCAUGUAUGGUUACUUCCUGAAGAGGGUGGAUGAGCGAUUCCAACUUGAGAAAACUAUGAAGACUCUCCCACCAAACCCCAAGCAGCAGAUAGUAUUUGAAAACCUACAACCUAAUCCAUUCUGGGAUAUGGAGUCCUUAGUAAAGAUUACACCUGAUGGGGAGGAGAUAAGUUUGGAUGACGAAGAAUCAAAUCCAAACAAGUUGAAGUCUUAUGUCUUGCAACUGGAUGCUGAUACAUUGCAAAGAUUUGCUACUAUCAGAUCGAAGGAAGCCGUCUCACUGAUUGAGAAGCAAACUCAGGCAUUGUUUGGACGGCCAGACAUCAAGGUAUUGGAUGAUGGUUCAGUCAAUGCAAAGGAUGGUAGAAUGAUAACGAUCACAUUUACAGAGCUGAAUCAUCUGGUCUUGGAGGCAGUUGCUUUCGGUUCCUUCCUGUGGGAAGCUGAGAGUUAUGUAGAAUCGAAAUACCAUUUUGUCAACAGUUGA